AUGCCGACGAUCUCAGGACUCAUUGAAACGUCAAUUCCAUCGAACGAUUCCAUCGACAAGAAGCCCAAACGAACCAACAGCUGGGAUAAUAAAUAUGCAAUUGUCUACGAUGUAUCCUCACAAACACUGUCGAGGACAGUAUCGAGCACAGAGCGUAAAGCGAUCGAAGCCGACCAUACUUGCAUCAAGAUUCCCAAGCGCCCUUUGAGUCCUCUGCAGAAAGACAACGUUUGCAUAUUCAUACCAUUGAACUCAACAUCAGGGUCGGAUGUUCUCGCAGAAGUCAAGUUGAGCAGUCUUGGAUGGAAAGUCGCAUUUGAGCGGUAUCGGGGAAACAUCAACGAAAUUUGGGUAAAGGGUAGAUCGCAAUACAUGAAAGGAGUUAGGAACAUGUAG